CCAGAACCUGAGACCAGGACCGGCAGAGACCUCGCCCGAGGCCUCAGCGCGUUCUGUGGCCCAUUGGCUGGAGCUGGACGAGCGCGGUGGCAAGGGCAGGCAGCUCCAGAAGCAGUCAUCGCAGCCCGCAGGUUCAGGAGGUGAACGGCGCAGACCCGCACCGUCCAGUGAUCUCAGGAGAGCGACUCUGUUACUGCGCGAUGACCCACGGCCGCUCAGUUCGUCCCGGAGAGCGAGCCACGUGACGAAGCGUGGCGGCCCGGCCCGUCAUACCGACUUCCGCUGAUCGAGGUGCAUGCCAGGAUCGCUGGGCCUCACCGUCCGUCCCGGUCUCUCUCCUCUGCGGGGACCUCAGUCCAAGCCGGACACGUGCUCUAGCAGGCUCCCUCCGCCCACGUACGGCACGCGCCACGCGCCUGCGGCUGCGCACCCGUGCCGCGAGGAACACGUGCAAUGGAAGGUAGCGGUGAGCGCUGAGCGGCCUCCGAGGCUCGGGCGUGCACGCGCCUCUCUUGGUGGACUCGAGCGCCCGCUGGACCAGGAUGGGCGGCGGCGCCAGCAAGGGGAAGGCGAAGAGCGGCCGCGGCGGCGGCAAGGCGGUCAUGGAGCCGCCGCCAGCGCCGCCGGCGGCCGACCCCCGCCUUCCACUCACCAUUCGCCAGAAGUUCAGCAUCGUCAAGUCCUGGAAGGGCAUCAGCAGGGCCAUGGAGUCCACCGGCAUCUACAUGUUUGUCAAGCUGUUUGAGGAGCACGAGGCGCUGCUGAACUUCUUCGAGAAGUUUCGCGAGCUGCGCACCAAGGACGAGCAGGCGGAGAGCCUGGAGUUGGCCGAGCACGCGGCGAUGGUGAUGGCCACCCUGGACGAGAGCAUCCGCGCCCUGGAGGACAUGGACGCCUUCUUCGUGCUCCUGCAUCAGGCUGGUGCUGCUCACACCAAGGUGCCUGGCUUCAAGACCGAGUUCUUCUGGAAAAUCAAGAACCCGUUCUUGGAGGCCGUCAAAGUAACUCUUGGGGACGCCUACACAGACAAUAUGGACAGCAUUUACAGAAUCACCAUCGACUUCGUGCUGAGCACGCUGGUAGAGGGAUUCGAGAAGGCAGAGAGUGCGGCGAACUCCUGAGCAGCGAACCCGUGAGAUGUGUAACGCUCAGUCCCAGCCGUCGGCUCUCCUGGCCGGCGCCCGGUGACCUUCGGGGUCACGUGACCGCAGCUGGCCAAUCGAGUGCGUGUUCAGUGACGUCAGACGGUCAACGCCGGCCGUCUGUUCGCGCCGAGGCCCGCACGUGGCGGGCAGCGGGACGGUGCGCGGCCACCGGCGGAUGUACACGGUGAUUAGCGAGGUGGCGUGUCGUGCGAGCGUGCGCGGGCCAGCGCCCUCUUCCUAGGAGAUAACAGCGUUUAUUGCGGUCUGCGUGUGCUACCCGCGAGUCGUGUAUUGUGGUCUGCGUGUGUCAUUCUCGAGUCGUUUCCAUGGCAGCAGAUUGUCACCGCGGAACACCGGUCCAUCGGGCUUCGCCGCUGGAGGCGGAGCGGGACCAUGAGAGGCGCUGUGAUGCGUGACACCCAACCUCAGACAGGGAUGAGGGAUCCAGGAAAGCUUCCGAGGAUCGCCCACUUCUGACGCGGGAGCGAAUCUUUUAUAGACUGUUCGCAUUGGCAUGUUUGUUCCGCUUUUGGCGCGCGCUGGUGUCGGGCGCCCGUUCAUUGGACAAGGACGACCGAGCCAUAACCGCACGUUUGUUUACGCCAUAUUUCUUUUUGAAAACGCCGCAUUUGUCGUCACGUAUCGUCACUGCUCGCAGGAUAUGCUUUCCUGUAUCCUAUCUGGUCACGUAGGGCAUUCUUCUAGAGGAGUUUUGGUUGCCGGCUUAAAUGCUUAGUGGUAAUUUAUUCUUAUAUUUGUGGACGAUCUGUAGUUCUGAAGUCGAGGGUAGCUUCUUGGAAACCUUGCUGCAUAGCCGCUUACCCAUUUGAGAUUAUGCAAGCGGACGUUCGAAGCCCAGGUAUGACUUUCAUCGCGACGAGCAAUCUGUCUUAGACCGUCGAUUUAAGCACCCUCGGGUAUGCAUUCAUUCGGGGCCACACAUUCUCUCAGACGUGACCUGCUUUUGACAAGCGUCCGAAGCACGCGGAAAGGCUUGUGCGAAUAGCCCUAUGAAAGCCAUCGGGAGGUCCGUGCAGAUUUUAGGUCGAUGUUUUGCACGACAUCCCCGGUGGUCG